UGGAGUACAUGAUCCAGAAGAACCAGUGUCUCUUCACCAGCACCCAGUGCAAAGUCUGCUGCGCCAUGCUGAUCUCUGAGUCCCAGAAGCUGGCACACUACCAGAGCAAAAAACAUGCCAACAAAGUGAAGAGAUACCUAGCAAUCCAUGGAAUGGAGACACUAAAAGGGGAGGUGAAGAGACUCGACUCAGAUCAGAAGAGCAGCAGAAGCAAAGACAAGAACCACUGCUGCCCCAUCUGUAACAUGACCUUUUCCUCCCCUGUUGUGGCUCAGUCGCACUACCUGGGGAAGACCCACGCAAAGAACUUAAGGCUGAAGCAGCAGUCCACUAAGGGGGCAGCUCUGUGGAAACACCUUACAAACCCUUUCCUUGUGGCCUCCACCUUAGCCUUGCACCAGAGCAGAGAGACGCUAGACCCAGACAAGUUCUGCAGCCUGUGCCACUCAACCUUCAAUGACCCUGCCAUGGCUCAACAGCAUUAUAUGGGCAAGAAACACAGGAAGCAGGAGACUAAGCUCAAACUCAUGGCGCACUAUGGGCGGCUGGCGGACCCUGCUGUCUCUGACUCACCAGCUGGGAAGGGCUAUCCCUGCAAGACGUGUAAGAUAGUACUGAACUCCAUAGAACAGUACCAAGCUCACGUCAGUGGCUUCAAACACAAGAACCAGAGCUCCCUCUGCAGCUUACUACCCAAUGUGAGAAAACACCCAAGUGUUGGCAAAGCAGACCCGGCCCCUGCUCUCACAACCUUACAUUCUGAUGGGAAGCACAAAGCAGACAGUCCAGCAAUUAAAGUUGUGGUCACCCAAAACCGUGGUGUCAUCCAUAAACCAGAUGCCAGUGCAAACGCAACCCACUCCAAAGGACUCAGGUGUGACAGAAGACUAGAGGUGUUCCUGCCUGGUCAGCCUGUUAGGACAGCCACAAGCCAGUUCUGGCGGCUGUGGUUAGCCCUUGGUCCCUCUUCCUCCUUCCUACCAUCAGAAGAAUAUGGAGGCAUGAGGCCAAAAUGGGCUGCAAACAGCCUCUGACUGGGCCGCAAUGAGGCUCCUCCUGCCCGCCUCUUUAGUGUGGCCCUACAUGUCAUGAUAGAGGAGACAGGGCUCUUGAGGUGGUGUCUGUCCAGGCCCCUCUGGGUGUAUGUCCUGCAGUCCCAGUGUCUUUUUCCUCUUGAGGUCAGUUUGGAGCAAGUCCCUACAGAUGAAGGACAGCACCAUCUCUGGGCUCUGGGCAGCUCCUGGGAAACUGGAGCUUUCCUGAGGACUUCGUCAGGGCAGCAGACAACAAACUGGAGUGGCUGCCAUGUAGAAACUUGGAGCUAAUAUGUCACUCCCCAUCCCGCCAGUGUGCAGGCUUGCCUGGUGUAGACCCUGCCACCGGGAAGUCUCCUGGAACACAGUCCUGACAGCACUGCUCUCAGCUGCCGUCUCUCCAGUUCCCAAAUGGUGCUUGCAGGCAUCUACAGUAGCUAGGAGCUUGAGGGAAACCUGAGUGCCCAGUGGGAUCAUGGGAAGCACCACAGGGGGCCUUGUCCUUUAUCAGAGGUGCUCUGACCCAGGGUCCUGUGAGAAAGUCUCCCACCUGCUGUGUUUCUUGAUUCUGUGCCCUGAAAGGCAAACGGCCCCCUGCCAGGCUACUGUGCCCUUGUGUAGUAGACUAUCCCACCCAGGGUGCCGUGGUGCUACCCUUCCCUUGUCAUCCUCAGGGAGAUUUGGGGGGACCCAGGAAAGACGACUAGAGAACUGGUGUGAGGAAGGUGUGAGGAAAAGGGCCCCCAGGCCUGAACUAGGAGUGGAUUUUUCCACAUAGCUGAGGAGCAAGGAUUCUAGGACCUAUCCCUAAGGCUUCAUUGGUAACACAGUGGGUGCCACAGAGGGUAGGGACAGGCCUUAAACGUAAACCUUUGGCGACUCAGCCAUCCAAAGAAAGAAUUCUGUGAACCAGGCUGUAACUUCAGAUCUAGGGUUUAUAGCCAGCCAUAUUGAUAGUGCUAUAAUAUCCCCACACUGUCUGAGCCCCCCAGGAUCCCCAGUAAUGAUCUUACCCCAGGAAAAGUCUUCCUGGUGCCCUAAACCUAGCCUGGUUCAUCGACCCAGCCACAUUCACCUUUCACGUGGGCCUCCUAGAGGUCUUGACAGUCACUCUAGCUCCUGAGUGGAGAACUGCAGGGAGGCCAGUGUGAAAGAGAGCUGGGUCCCUAAGGCUGUCUCCAGGGUCAUCCCUUCUGGGUAGACCACCAACUGCAUGCCCAGGAUGCUGUGUCUUAAAUUCUGGAUAUGAAUGAUUGGGUGAGGAUGCGUAAAGGCAGGUGUCCUUUUCCUGCUCAGAUUAAAGAGCUAGAGGGGUUUCCACGGAGCUUCUCACAGGCUUCUGGUCCUCGGAAGGGCCUUUUCUGUGACUCUGAAAUGAUGGAAGGAGGGCUCUGCCGUGGGAACUGAUACAGAUGGGCCAGACCAAGCAGCCUCAGCUCUAGUUCCCUGCAGCUCACUGUCCUGGCAUCUGCCCCUAGCCUGCUGAGAAAAGCUCUUCUUGGCUCCUAGAAUAGGUUCUCAGCUUUCCACUUCCACACUGUGGGCCACCUCAACGGUUUUCCCAGAAUCCUAUGUAUCCCAGUAUGUCAGAACUAGUAAAGAUGACUAGGUAAGGAAGUGAAGGGUUAGGUCAUGAAUGGGCUGACCUGCCAUGACCCUCAUCGCAUAAGACCACCUUGUCUAGAUCCAGGAGUCCCUAGCAGCUGCAUGCCCAGCACUACUGGUGUGGAACCCUGGGAGCAGCUUGCUCUUGCCCUCUGGGGACACGCCACUUGAAAGCCACUAGUUAGAGAGUGACAUACGGGCCUGUGGGAAUGCCCUGGACACAAGCACUUCCAGCCUGGAGUAUGAAAAGGCUGAGAGAUGAAUUUCUGGUCUGAAUAACUCUUGAGGUUAUGUUUUCUAGUUUGUUUCAUGUAGCCAGGCUGGUCUCACGCUUGUCAUGCAGAAGCCUGGCCUUGAACUGCUGAUCCUCUGCCUGUAACGCCCUACAUCUAAGAAGACAGGCAUGUGCCACCACAUACAGUUUCACCCGUGUUAUUGUGUAUGUGAGAAGUUCUUUUUGUUUUGUUUUUGAGGGGACAGGGUCUCACUAUGUAGUGCUGGCUGUCCUGGAACUCACUCUGUAGGCAAGACUGGCCUCAAACUCACAAACGUCCGGCUGCCUCUGUGUCCCGGGUGCUGGGAUUAAAGGCGGGAGCUGUUACCACCUGGCCAGAAGUUUUUGUUUUGUUUUUUUUUAAUGCUUUCUAGUAAUCCUUUAUUUGAAUCCAUCACAGCCAAGCCUUCCUACUGCUGAACAGUUGUGUUUCUCCUCAAGGGUUGUCCCAAAUAAAGCUGCUGUCAUUUGA